AUGACCGAGUCUCCCCAGAAAACUUUGUACAUCGGCUCCUUCAUUCACUCAACGUCACUAACCACCUUGGACCACUGCGCCAAUGGAGUGAUCGGCGUUGACGAAAGCGGAAAGAUUGCCUUCAUUCUCCGUGAUGCUUCAAACGAGACUAUCCCCGAAGACUGGGAAUCAGCCAAAGUCAUUCGUCAAGAAGGCGAAGGAUUCUUCUUCCCGGGCUUUGUCGACACACACAUUCAUGCUUCUCAAUACCCCAACGCCGGCGUCUUUGGAAAAUCCACUCUUUUAGAUUGGCUCAAUACGUACACCUUCCCCCUUGAAUCAAGUUUCACAGACCUCAAAAUCGCCUCCAAAAUCUACAAUCGCGUUGUAGCAAGAACCAUUUCCCACGGAACAACAACAGCAUGCUAUUACGCAACGAUCCAUGUACCAGCCACAAAUCUCCUCUCCACCAUCUGCCAUUCCCAAGGCCAGCGAGCUUUCGUGGGCAGAGUAUGUAUGGACUCGGCUCUCAGUCCAGACUUCUACCGCGACGAAAGCGCAGCAGCAUCUCUGCAACAUACGAAAGACUGCAUCACACACAUCCAAUCCAUCAACCCGGACUACGCCCUCAUAACUCCCAUCAUAACCCCUCGCUUCGCACCUUCUUGCAGUGUGGAGAGUAUGCUAUCUCUAGGGGCACUCCACGCAGAAACAGGCAUCCCAGUCCAAACCCACAUUUCCGAAAACCUUGCCGAGUGUGAACUGGUCAAGGCCAUGUUCCCCACCUACAAAUCAUAUGCAGAUGUCUAUCAUUCAACAGGCCUUCUCACAUCAAAGACAAUUCUCGCUCACGCGAUCCACUUAACGCCCGAGGAAAGAUCUUUGAUUAAAGAAACGGACGCGAAGAUCAGUCAUUGUCCGGGAUCCAACACGGCUCUCACAUCCGGAACAGCGAAGAUCAGGGAUCUUCUGAAUGAUGGUCUUUCGAUUGGUUUGGGAACCGAUGUCAGUGGUGGCUGCACACCUUCCAUCCUCAAUCAAGCCCGCGAAGCAGUGUAUGUAUCUCGACAUGUCGCAAUGGCACCGGGACAAAUCGAGGCGAAGUUGUCCGUUGCGGAAGCACUUUAUCUUGCAACUCGUGGGGGAGCAAAAGUCGUUGGGUUGGAGGGAUCGAUUGGCGGAUUUGAAGUCGGUAUGGAUUGGGAUGCGCAGUUAGUGCGGUUUGGGCAAGUGGGUGAUACGGAAGGUUUGGGGAGUGAGAGUGAUGGUUUGGUGGAGAUUUUUGGAAACGAGAGCUGGGAGGACAAGGUUGCAAAGUGGUUGUAUACGGGUGAUGAUCGGAAUACGCAUGCUGUGUGGGUCAAGGGGCGCUUGGUGCACCAUCGCGAGGGCUGGAGGGCAUGA